CAGAAAAAAAAGAGAGAGAUCAACAAGAACCCUGAAAUAGUAACAAACAACAAUACUCCUAUGCUUUUCCAUUUCUUCUCCUCUUUCGUUACCAUCUCUUCCUCCUCUUCUAUUGUUAAAGACCCCAUGAAAACUAGCCGUUAGAUCUUGUAAAAGGCAGUUCAUAGCUGCUUUCCUUUAUAGAAUUAGCUCGAAUUCGUUACGUGCUUCACGGAUCUUGACACGGAUAUUGAGAUACAGGAGCGAAAUAGCCUGAAUUUAGCGAUGGUAUCACGAUGUAACAAAGUUAGACACAUGGAAUCUUGUUUCGGUGGCCUGAUCAAACGAGUGUAACCAAACUUGGAAGCUAGGUGGGCCAAAUUCACUGAGAAGCUGGAUCUGAUUGGAGGGUGGGGAAAUCGUGGAGAAAUACAUCAGGCCAACAACAUGGCGAUGCCUCAUCGCCUUCUCCUCAUCGGAGAUCCAAAAGAGCCACAGUCGACCAAUGGGAGCAAGCCAGGUGGCGGAUCCUACAGCAGCAGUGAAGCUAACUUCGAUACUAAUAUGGUGAUCAUCCUGGCGGCACUAUUGUGCGCACUCAUCUGCGCACUUGGGCUUAACUCGAUUGUGCGGUGCGCGCUGCGGUGUGGCCGUCGGAUCGCCUUCGAGACCCCAGACGAGGCAGCGGCCCGUCUUGCAACGACAGGCCUUAAGAAGCGGGCGCUGCGGCAGAUCCCGGUGGCCGAAUAUGGGCUGGGGUCGAAUAUUCCGGCGACUGAAUGUCCCAUAUGCCUUGGAGAAUUUGAGCAAGGGGACAAGGUUAGGGUACUGCCCAAGUGCAACCAUGGCUUCCACGUCAGAUGCAUUGACACGUGGCUCAUGUCCCAUUCUUCGUGCCCCACCUGUCGACACUCGCUGCUGGACCGCCCGCCGCCGGAUUCUGCUGACAUCGAGGCCGGCACCCAGUCACCGGGGAAUUUGUCCGGCCGGCGGGGCGGGAUGGUCGGAUUGACUGAUGAGGUGAGCUGAUUCUUGCCGGAAAAUUUGGAAAUUCAGUAGUGUAUAUAGAUAAUACAUCUUAUAUCUCUUAUUUUUAAUUUUUUGUUGAGUGUGAGGAUCUAAUGUUAUCAAUGUUCAAUAAGUUCUCAGUUCUAAAUCA